AUGAACUGUGCUUGAGUUGUGUUUAGACUUUCUUCCUGUAAGAUCACAUUUCAUCACAGGAACUUUUGUGAUGUGUGUGAUAUUAGAUGGAUACAUCAGAAGAACAUAACAGUGAUCUACAGUCACAGAUAGAGGAGAUUGAAGCUCUGUCCUCCAUCUAUGGUGAUGAAUGGUGUGUCAUUGAUGAAGCUGCAAGAAUAUUUUGCAUCAAAGUAUCAGAUGAUACCCAACAGCCCAAAUGGACAGUCUGUUUACAGAUCAUACUUACACCAGAUUACCCGAGCUCAGCACCUCCAAUAUAUCAAAUAAAUGCCACCUGGCUCAGAGGACAAGACAGAAUGUCUCUGUCAAACAGUUUAGAGGAACUGUAUGUAGAGAAUGCAGGAGAGAGUAUUCUGUACCUCUGGGUGGAAAAAAUUAGAGAAUUCCUGGUGGAAAAAUCGCUAAGCGAAGCAACGGACGGCCCAGAUACGGGCAAGACAAUGACAACAGAAGAAGAAGGUCAAGACUACGGCGAAGACGAUCUUCCUGAUUACAACAUGCUGAAAAUUGGUACCAGCCAAUCAGCUUACCUCUUUUCCAACGUGUCAGAUGAUGAAGAGUUGCCACCGAUUAAACAUGGGGAGCCUAUCACAGAUCGACGGAGCACGUUCCAACCUCACUUAGCACCAGUGGUGACUCCUAAACAGGUUCAAUUGGUUCUGAACAAGUUGUAUGAAAACAAGAAGAUUGCAAGUGCCACUCACAAUAUCUAUGCAUACAGGAUAUACUGUGAGGAUAAAAACUCUUUCCUGCAGGACUGUGAGGACGAUGGAGAAACGGCUGCAGGCGGGCGAUUGCUCCAUCUUCUGCAGAUCCUGGAUGUUCGCAAUGUGCUAGUGGUGGUUUCUCGAUGGUAUGGUGGGAUUCUGCUGGGCCCCGACCGUUUCAAACACAUCAACAACUGUGCCAGGAAUAUACUCAUUCAAGAGGGCUACACGGACACCUCAGAGGAAGCUUCCAAAGCUGGAGGGAAGAACAAAAGAUCUAAAAGCAAAAAGGCAAAGUGAAAAACAGCCUCCCACCUGGAACAGACAGUUUUUGCUACACUUCAUCCUCUAUCAGAGCAUCUUGUGAGGAGAGAUUGUCAAGCCUUGAGGAGAACUGGGGACUAUGAAUGCAUAACGCUGAAGGAGGCUUACGAAUAAAAUAAAUGGAAAUUUCCUACAACUGUGUAAGGCUUUCAAGACAUCUGGAAUAGCAUUAACCGAACAGUUCUAGAAAUGAAAAUUAAUUCGAGCUAAAUUGAAUUCGCUGAGAAUCUCCACCUCCAGUGAGCUGUUAACUCGAGAACUGGAUCUUUCCGAUUCGUGAAUGAAUCAUUCUUUUGAGUCGGUUCUUUUAAAUUAACGAGUUGAUCUAGUUCACAAAUCAGAAUGAUGGCUGCAAUGGUUCUCGAGUCAACAGUUCACAAGAGGAGUAGAUUAUACAGUAAGUAAAUAGUGACUUAAAUUUUGGUCUGUUCCAUACAAAAUGCAUCAUGUAACUUCAGAAGACUCCGAAUAUAGUGCACAAGUCGUUUGGACUUUUAUGGUGCCUUUUAGUACUUUUUGUAGCUUGACAAACAUGGUUAUUGUAUGUAUAAAGAGGAGUGUGAAAUUGAUCCUUUUGUGUUCCAGAGAGAUAGCAAACAGGUUUGGAAUGGCAUGAAAGUGAGCAAAUAAUAAUAUAGUUUAAAGUCAACUUUCAAGUCAACAACCACAGAUGGAUUUUAUAUGUAAUGACUGAGUUUUUGGUCUGUUGGUGCACAUUUGGUUGCAGUAUUUUGUCUUAUGAAUAAAGAUUUUUAUGAAUUACAAAUUGAUUUGCAAAUGAGCGUUGGAGCCUUGCCUGAAGCCACAAGGACAAACGGGUGUGAAACGGGUAAUAAGUAGCACUGACAUUCAUCAGCGACCUUUGACCCUUUCUCCGGUGUAAUGAUGCUCUAAUAAUUUAAUUUGAUAAAGCCUGACAAAAGUAAUUUGGCCAUUUCCGCAAAGCGUCGUACCAGCAUGUCCAUUUGAUAAUACUCUAUGGCAAAUGUCAACGCAAAAUGGGUCAUAAUACUAUGGUAGAAUGUCGUCUUCAUGUUUGACUGUCAAACGUCCAUUAUGGCUGUCCAUUUAAUCCCCCGUUGCACACCAAUAUUGUGCUUUUGCUCAUUCUUACCCAUUUGAAUAUUGCAUGCAGUUAUUUUACUAAUCAAACUUUGCAGGGUGAAAGACCACCACUACCUGAUGAGUUUUGCCACUUUAUGAUUCGCAUGCUAAUCGUCCUUAAUGAGCUCAUGUGAGAAUAUCACGGAUUGUUUUGGCGCUUAUGACCAUGGGAGAACAGUUCAGAUGAAUUUGAAUAUCGAGUUGGAAUCUAUUUCAAGCCAAAAUUUCCUGUAAUUUCUCAGAUUAGGGACUGAGAAUGAGUCCGGAUAUGCCCAAAACUUGCUUAUUUAGUUCUUUUGAGCAGCCAGAGGACCAUUAAAACAACCUGCCUAUUAAAGACUGGUGUGUCUUUGCAUAGCCUAACUGCAGCUUUUAUAAAUAUUCAGUUAUCGUAGUGACUGUGAUUUAAAAGACACUUUUUUUUUUUGUUAUGCCACUCCAGAACAAUAACACCCAAGUAAACAGAUUUCCACAGCACAAGCAUCAGCAAAAGGUUAGGAGACAUAAGAGAGUAGUUGUCAUUGUGGAACGAGAGAAUAGAAAACUGGACGUUUUGGCUCACUAUAUAGAAAUCUACAUAGUGAAUGUCACAUACAGUACAAGUAGUUUGCAAUAUCAGGAAAGAAUGAGCACAAAUUAGUGUAUUCGUACAGAGCUCCUGACAAGAUUGCGGACUUUGUUACAUACAUUGUUCGUUACAUAUGCAUCAUGUCCCAAAUGAUGAUGAGAUGUGUUCUGGAAAUGAAUAUGAAUGUGGUUUGGAUACGUUUUGUAAACAGCAGAUUUUAUGUGGUUUUUUUGGGGGGGUUUUUGUCUGAACAAAGACUGUAGGGCAAGUGUCAAUGCAAAACGACCUGUAAUAGUGUGGGAGAAUGUUGCCAAUAGUUCAAGGAAUAUUCCACAUUCAAUACAAGUUAAGCUCAGUUGACAGCAUUUGUGGCAUAAUGUUGAUUACCACAAAAAUUCAUUUUCGACUCGUCCCUCCUUUUCUUUAAAAAAGCAAAGAUCGAGGUUACAGUGAGGCACUUACAAUGGAUGUGAAUGGGGCCAGUUUUUGGAGGGGUUAGAGGCACAAAUGUGAAUCUUAUUAUUUAAAAAAAGCACUUACAUUAAUUUUUCUUUUAAAACUUGUGUGUUGUAUGAGCUGUAAAGUUGUUAAAAUUGUCACUUUUAUGGUUUUACGGCGUUAUGCCGUCAUGGCAACGAAGUUGUCAAAUUGGCGAUAACUUUACCCAGAAAAGGAUAGGAGGUGAUUUUAUCACACUAAAAUCGUGUUAAAACGCAUAUUGUUUAUGUCUUGUGGCUAUAACUUUGAAACCGUUUUAACGUUUAUGGAUUGGCCCCAUUCACCUCCAUUGUUAGUGCCUCACUGUAACCCAGAUUUGGGCUUUUACAGGGCGGACAAGGCGAAAUUUAUAUUUGUGGUAAUCAGCAUCAUGCCACAAAAGCUGUCGAUUGAGCUUAACUUGUAUUUAACCCAGAAUAUUCCUUUAUUUUCAUUGCUUUAUUCACAAGGCAUUCUUUGCAAACUAGCUGGGUUGUGCAAUAAUGUUCCUAAAUGAUUUCACGUCUUUGCCCAACCCUUGAAUCUCGAAACGGUUGCAACAUUUAUGAAUUAUUCUUUGGCAUUGACUCAUCCGGACAAGGUUUUCAAGUACUUUUUAACAUCUAACCUUAGUUCCGCUCUCUCUUGCACACACACACACAUAUCAUUGCUGUCUUCCAUCUUAAAUUCCUCUGGGCCUUUGACAUUCUGGCCCCUCUCCACUCUCCAGCGCAAGUCAUUGCCUACUCGCUUUCAUCCUCCUUGCAUGCAUCUAUUCCCUUUUCUCUGGCCUAUUCUUUCAUGCCUGCCUCUCUCGCUCCCUGUGUUCUAUCGCUAUUUCCUUUCGAUGAAUAUUAACGCACCUUUUGACUGUCAGCACCAACACUUUCACAUCCAAUUGCUUGCUUCGACUCGAGAGGUAUUGCUAAACAUUUUCAGGGACUUGUUGUGGCACUUGUUUCUGUUGUGGCACGCUCUCUAUCUGCAAGGAUAAAUGCGGCUUGCAUGGAAAACUUGCUCAGGGACCGUUUGGCAUCUCAUCUGUGCUCCGACUAACCAAUGUCUUUUAUUUUGGGCCACAGUAUUAAGGUAGUGGAGAUGAUGACAAAUUGCCCAAAGGACAACUGUUACGUUAUAGCUGAUACCAUUUCUGGCGAGAAAUCAAGCUAAACUUACCAUGCUGUGCAUUGCUGCUUUUUAAAUUGCCAAAACCAAAUCUUGGACGUGCAAAUUGUCGAUUUGAUGGCCAAACUGUCCCUGAGCUAAAAAGAUCUCAUAUGUGCUCUGAUUAACUGAUGUCUCUUAUUUUGUCCACGGUAACAACAGUUUGCCCAAAGGAUAACUGUGUUACAUUAUGGCUAAUGUCAUUUUUGGAGAGGAAUCAAGUUAAGCUUAGCUACAAAUAACUGUAGAGUACAUCAGAUAUACCAUGCAUUGGUGUAUUUUAAGUAGCUCUGACAUGCUGAUUGUCAAUUUGACUGUCAAACAGUCCCUAAGCAAAAUUUUGCUCUGACUAACAGUAUUUUGGAUGAGUAUUCACGCUAAAUUUGGCUGUAAAGUACAUUAGCAAACACCAUGUUAUGUUUCAGUAGUCUGAACUCUGACAUGCUAAUAGUCAAUAUUGAACUUUACAGCCAACUUGACCAGCUAAUCUUCAUUCAUACAAAGACGCUAAGAUAGAGCCAUUUGCAUUGUGGACAAGAAACCUUCCCUUCUGUACAUUGGCUGACAACAAUAUCAACUAAUAAUAUUAAUCGUGGGAGAAAUCAAAUCUGCAAAUAAGCGCUCCUCUGUUGAGGCCUUGAGAAACAUAAAGACUGGAAUAGUAUGGUAAUGCAUGUUGUUUUAUGUUCUGAAGUGGCUUUGGGAUACUGCUCCUGUUGUUUGUACAAAUAUGGGUCAAGGCUCUUCAUCUAUGGAGAUCAAACAUCAGAAGGGUGCAGCCGAAAGCUUGUUUCAUAAGAGUCUCUCCUAUUUCUUUAGAAGGUGAGAGAGCAGAUCCCUGUUCAAAUGAGUUGUAGCUGCCGCUUUGGGCUUUUGGAUUAUGGGGGUUCUUCCACAGCAAGAAUAAUAACUUGAUUUCUAAAUAAAGGCACUUAGCUGCUUUCUCCAGUUAUCUUCUCUUGGCACCUUUGUGUAUGCUCAGAGUCAAAAUGCUUUACUGCGUGCUGUCUCUGCCCAUUAGCAACACGUAACAUGUUAAACUGAAACAAGGUUAGGGUGAGGGUUGGGUAUGGGUUAGGGUUCUACCAUGGUUGUUUGGACAUUGUAUUAUUACGAUGUUUUUUUUUUUUAACAUGGUACCAUAGUACAACAAUAUAUUACAUGGUUAUAUAUAUAUAUAUAUAUAUAUAUACGUUUUCCCAUGUUAACAUGGGAACCUAUGGUUAUUUGCUUUUAUUUUGUCAUAAUGUUUUAUUAUAUUAAUUUUAGCCAGCAUUAAGUUGUUGCAUUAACUAUUGGUGACGUUUUUUAGAAAGGCUGCAUUACCUACAACAGUAGUGGAGCAAUUGAUUGCAUUAUUUGACUUAUUAUUUGAUCAUCAAGAUAAACUGCAAAGAAUUGUUUUCUUUGUAAUUAUGUGUUUUAAGAAAUUAAAUGCAAAUUAAAUUAUGCUUGUUUUAAGAUUUGGCAAGAAUAUGAGGAUGCUCUU